AUGGCGACUAGUUCGUUUCGCGAUUCAGUCAACUCAUUGGGCUGGUCUCGGAGAGACCCAGACGUCCCCGUACGCACCAACUCCUCGUCCACGUCUUUCCUAUCUCGGUUACAGUCCUGGAAUCCACUCGGUCAAGGCGAGGGAUACGUGCAACUGCCCACUCAUGAAGCUCCAGGAGCUCCCCUCCCGGCUGCAAGUCGACGGGAGGAGGAAGAUAGUUUCUUCGCUUUGAGUCGGUGGGAUCGUAUGCUCGUAUUCAUUGCAUGUAAUGCCGGCGCCGCGGUUUGUUUCUUUAUUUGCUUUUUCUUAUUCCCGGUGCUCUCGCUCAAGCCCCGCAAGUUCGCUGUCCUAUGGUCUGUGGGUUCCUUGCUGUUUUUGCUGUCAUGGGCAGUUCUCAUGGGACCCCUGGUCUACGCUAAGCACCUGGUCUCGGGACCACGACUCCCAUUUACUGCCGCCUAUUUUGGGGCGAUUGCCAUGACUCUCUACUUCGCCGUCGGGCGCCAUAACACCUUCCUCACCCUCAUUUCGUCGAUCUUCCAACUCGCCGCUCUGAUCUGGUACCUCGUCAGCUACUUUCCCAUGGGUAGCACUGGGUUGCAAUUCAUGGGACGAUUUGGCGCGCAGCGCGUUACGACUUGGAUGACCGGCUGA